GGGAAGGAAACCCCUCCAAAGACUAGAUCUCCCCAGAGACCUCAGAAAGCACUGCUUGGCCCACUCUGAGAGCACACACGGAGCUCUGCCCUGUAGGCCUGUGUGCUGUGGUGCUGUGAGCAGUGUAGGUAGGUGCUCAGUCUUCUGUGCUUCAUGGGUAGGAUGCCCUCCUCUCUGGAUCCUGAGGCACUCUACCAUCCUUUCAACUCCCUUGCCCCUGCCACACACACUCCAGGGAAGAGAAUUGUUGCUGAGAUGUAUUGAAGAGACCGUAGGAACUCAUGAGGCAACUAAAAGGACCAGCAGCACCAAAGAAGCCCAGAGAGGAGGCCACAGGGCUAAUGGCAGGGCUGCGCCAUCCUGGCCUGCUUCACAACCAGAGCAGAGCAGAGCUGUGGCCUCCUGCAUCCUGCUUCCCUCAGAGUGGACUGGAGGCCAACAGGAUGAAGAAAGGGGGUCAGAAGGACAUGACUGAAGCAUCCAUGCUGUGUUGGAGUCUGUCCAGUGUACGAGUGUCUGCUUGGGUGACCGGAGCGGCCUGGUGACCCUGAAGGUGUACUCAAAGCCACUGAUGACGUAGUGAAAGUUGAAGUCUGGGAUGUAGUUGAUAAAGGAAAAUGCAAAAAGCGAGGCGACGGCUUGAAGAUGGAGAAUGACCCCCAGGAGGCGGAGUCUGAAUUGGCCCUGGAUGCUGAGUUCCUGGAUGUGUACAAGAACUGUAAUGGGGUGGUCAUGAUGUUCGACAUCACCAAGCAGUGGACCUUCAACUAUGUCCUUCGGGAGCUUCCCAAAGUGCCGACCCAUGUGCCAGUGUGUGUGCUGGGAAACUACCGAGACAUGGGCGAGCACCGAGUCAUCUUGCCAGAUGAUGUGCGUGACUUCAUCGAUCACCUGGACAGACCUCCAGGCUCCUCUUAUUUCCGCUAUGCUGAGUCUUCCAUGAAGAACAGCUUUGGCCUGAAGUACCUGCAUAAGUUCUUCAACAUCCCAUUUCUGCAGCUGCAGAGGGAGACACUGCUGCGUCAGCUGGAGACAAACCAGCUAGACAUUGACGCCACACUGGAGGAGCUGUCGGUGCAGCAGGAGACCGAGGACCAGAACUACAGCAUCUUCCUUGAGAUGAUGGAGGCUCGAAUUCGUGGCCAUGCAUCCCCUCUGGCAGCCAACGGACAGAGCCCAUCCUCUGGCUCCCAGUCGCCAGUUGUGCCUCCAAGUGCCGUAUCCACAGGGAGCUCCAGCCCCAGCACACCCCAACCUGCCCCUCAGCUGCCCCUUAGUAUCCCCUCACCCUGUCCCCCAGCACUGCCCACAUCCCCUUUGCCCCCCGUGGAGACCCCAUCCCACCCUGCACAUCCCUCGGCCCCUGCCCCACCCCAGCGGCGCGGCAUCAUCUCUCGGCUGUUUGGGACCUCGCCAGCUGCAGAUGUGACCCCUUCACCUCCAGAACCAGCUCCAGCUGCAGAGGCUCCAGCAAGAGUCCAGAACGUUGAGGAGUUUGUUCCUGAAGAUGGCCUUGACGGCAGCUUCCUGGAAGACAGCAUCCUGCCUAAGGAAGAGAAGAGAGUUGGAGCCAAGGGCCCACAGCAGGAUAGCGACAGCGACGGGGAGACCCUGGGAGGGAACCCAAUGGUGGCAGGUUUCCAAGAUGACGUGGACCUCGAAGACCAGCCACGUGACAAAUCCCUGCUACCCUCGGGCCCCAUCCCCAGUAAAAACAUCAGUCUCUCAAGUGAGGAGGAAGCUGAAGAGGUAGCAGGUCACUCCAGAGUUGCUGCCAUAGCUCUCCAGCCAUGUUCAGAGACAGAGACAAAACGGCCCUCCACCAAGGUCUCACAGCCACAAAAGAAGAUAACUCCCACACGAGCUGCGGCACCCCCCCAGCCAGGUGGACUCUCUGCUCACUCCAGGCCUGAGCUCAGCAGCACCAAACCCCCCUCCAAGAGCACUUACAGAGCCCAGGAAGGGAAGGACGAGCAGGCAUCAUCAUCAGAGAGUGAUCCUGAGGGGCCCAUCGCUGCCCAGAUGCUGUCCUUUGUCAUGGAUGACCCUGACUUUGAGAGUGAUGAGUCAGACACACAGCGGAGAGUGGAUGAGUUCCCCGUGAGAGAAGACCUUUCUGAUGUGACUGAUGAGGACGCAGGCCCUGCCCAGCCACCCCCACCCCCCAAGCCCCCAGUCCCCUCCUUCAGACUGAAGAAUGACUCUGAUCUUUUCGGGCUGGGCCUGGAGGAGACAGGACCUAAGGAGAGCAGUGAUGAAGAUAAGGAUGGCAAACCACCCUCUAAGGAGAAGAAGAAGAAAAAGAAGAAGGGCAAAGAGGAGGAAGAAAAGGCUGCAAAGAAGAAGAGCAAACAUAAGAAGAGCAAGGAUAAGGAGGAGGGCAAGGAGGAGCGGAGGAGAAAGAGGAAGACCACUCGAAGCAAGGAGCAGAAGGCAGCUGAGGAGCUGGAGGCCUUCCUGGGGGGUGGAGCUCCAGGCAACCGCCACCCCGGGGGUGGGGACUAUGAAGAGCUCUAGGCCUCAUCUUGGGGGGAGGGGAGUUGCCUGCCACUUUGUCCCAGCCAUUGUCUUCACCCCCGUGUGGCCUGGUCCAUUCUGCAUUCACUUCCAUGCUGGACGAGGCCAGAGGCCAGGCCUUGGUGGUCAGCCCCUGGACCAGGCACUGCAGGUGCUGGACUUCAACCCAGUAGAAACCUGUUUUGCAGGGAGAGGGGGGGACAGCUAGACUGCAGCUGGCUUGGUGGACCAACCUCCUGGCCUUCUCUGGGCAGAGCUGCAAGCAGUCCCCAGCGUUUCUCAGGGAUGUGACAGGCCGAGGAGGAACCCAAGAGUGUCUGUUUACAGAGGCAGGGCUGCUUGGCUUCUCAGACGUCCACCACCCAGCCGCAAUCCUACUUACCCUCCCAAGCUCUCCCAGGGCCCAGCAUGCCCAUAAGGCUCUGCUUCCUUGCCUCAGGGCCUGGGUUGUGGAUCCCCAUUCCCGUAGACCCAGAGCGAAGUGUGGUCCUGCUCUGAGCACAGGUGUGCACUUGCAGGAGAGUGCAGCUGCGCUGCUGCGGGGUAGCCCAAGGCCCUGCACUAAAUGAGGCUUGUAAGAGAGUUUCAGCAUGCACCACCUCUCCUGGGAGAGGGACGGUAACAGCCAGCUUCUGUGCAUGGUGAGCACCUGCGCAGGUGAGCCAGGCUGGCGCUGGGAAGCGCCUUCUCAGACACUCCACCCAGACUAUAAAGCUCUCGGGUUUUACUGUUGUGUGUGUCUGUUCUUCUCGCUGUCUCUGGCUCCUGGAGGUGCAUGGGACGGGAUCAGACCGCUGCCUCUUUGACCUAAGUGUCCUAUAUCAGACCAAAGAGUCAUCUUCCCCAGAAGCCAGUACUCUGCGAGGCAGGCAGUACUGGCCGUAAACAUGCCCUGUUCUAACCAGCUUAGCCAGCUGCACUGAGACUAGUCGAGGGCCCCAGCCCUGGGAAGGCAGAUGUGUCCUGCUUUGUGCAGUCUCCCUGCCUCCUGGACAGCUGCCUGCAGCUGGGUAGCUCCCUUCAAUCCCCGUUCCCGCCCGCAGCCAGCAGCCUUGGGCGCCCCGCCCACCGCAAACACGUUGCCAUGAGAACCCUCCAGGGGCUGCUGGGAGGGCCCGCACUUUGCAGGCGGGGUUCCCCGCUGCACCGCCUCCCCCAGCGACGGCCAAGACCUGGCUCACUCCUCCCAAGCCCAGAAAGCCUCUCCUCAGUUUGGAACGUUGUGACCUGGAAAAGCGGGAACAGUUGCACGCUGGACUAAUUCUGUACGUAGCUUAUGGGGACGGGUCCACAAUAAAGUUGCCAGGAUUGCAGUUAGCAACGCUGGGGUAUCGACGGCUCCAUCAGCCAAAAGAACACAGGGCAGGUGGGUCCUGCCCUUCAGAGCUGAGGGCAUCCAUGACCUGCCUCUGCACCAACGUAGACUGUUAGAAGGUUCAGCCCCUUGGCCAGGAAGCUGGUAGGGCCGGAGUGAAGAUACAGCCAUGCAGCUUAUGAGUGGGCCACCUGCAAACCUUUCCCAGUGGAAAGUGGGCAAAGAUAGCCCACGCUGGCCUGGACACACAAGGCUGCGGGCCUUCUGGCCUCAGGUACCUGCCGAGAUUUUGGCAAAGAGGACAAGUGCCUGGGGAAAGGCCAGUGGCAGGAGGGUAGCCCAUCUGCUCCUGCCUGGAGCCAACCACAGGCGUGCUCUUCCCCCUCAUAACACACCCCAACCUCCACAGCCAGGUCGGGGUUUGGGGCUCCUCCAGGACCCUGCGAGGAUUCUAGCUGCUCAGGCAGGUGUCCUGGGGGUAGGGCAGGCUGGUGGGACCGGCAAGCUUCUCUCUCGAUAUGGGUUCCCUGGUCAGACUUCGAGGCCUGUGUUUUGGGGAUGCUGAGGAGACUCUCACUCUAAACUCGGCACAGCCCCAAAUCAGAGCCAGCACGCACCAGUCGGGUCCUGGGGUCCACUGCACAGCCCCCACCCGGCGCGGCCCCUUUAAGUGCCGCCCCCUUGGCCGCCAUUGGGGGCAGCACUGAGCUCAUGCCAGGAUCCGCGCUGCUGCCUCGAAGCUUCUGCCGGUACCGGGGACUGAGCGGUGCCGGGGACACAGCGGAGCCGGCGUGGGGCUGUGCAGCCCACCUGGGUUUUACUGACGGAGCAACGCCCAGGUAAGAGGCCGGGCCCAACUGCCUAGCGUGGAGUGCGGUUGUCACCGGUGAGGACUGCCCAAAAGGAUGGGGAGUCCCCGCCCCCACUCAAUGCAGGCCGGGU